CCUUCCGCCAUUUUGAUUUCAUUUCCAUUAUCUUUUCGUAAUAAUUUACGUUAUUUGACGUUAAUUAGAUAUAAAAUUAACAAAAUCUGUGAUAUUAUUGUAUUUAAUUUUGACUAUAUUUGUGUUAUUAAUAGUUUGUAAACUAAUUUUCGUGUUUAAGUAAGUUACAAUGGGUCGGAAGAAGAAGAAGGCGUCGAAACCCUGGUGCUGGUAUUGUAAUAGGGAGUUUGAUGAUGAAAAAAUUUUGAUUCAACAUCAAAAAGCGAAGCACUUUAAAUGUCACAUAUGUCACAAAAAGCUGUACACUGGUCCCGGAUUAUCAAUACACUGCAUGCAGGUUCACAAGGAAGCAAUAGACAAAGUACCAAAUUCACUACCAAAUAGGUCAAACAUAGAAAUAGAAAUCUAUGGUAUGGAAGGUAUUCCACCUGAAGAUGUGAAGGAGCAUGAAAAGCAAAAAUCAGGUGGAGGCAAAGGUUCUGACAGUGAAGACGAUGAGCCUGCUGCAAAAAAGAAAGCCACACCUGCAUUAUUGGGUGCGGGUCCCUCAUCAGUGACUCCAGGCAUAUUGCCCACACCUAUGGGUCCAGUCCCCCCUGGAAUGUAUCCAGGCCAUAUGUCUAUGAAUCACAUGAUGCCACCAUUUGUGCCAGCAGCAAGAAUGAUGAUGCCGGGCAUGAGGCCGCUGUUCCCUGCAUCGAGUAUAUCAGUGUCCACACCUAGCAAACCUACUUUCCCUGCGUACAGCAACGCGACAAUAAGCGCGCCGCCGACGACCUCGGCGGCGAGCGCGGAGCCCAAGGAGAACGGAGACGUCGCGCCCCCCGCGGCCAACGCGUGUCCGCUGGUGACGGCCACGGGCGCCGGCUCGCGCAUCGUGCACCCGCCCGAGGACGUCUCGCUGGAGGAGAUCCGCGCGCGCGCCGCCAACUACCGCGCCCGCGGCGCCGCGCCCCGCGCCGCCCUGCACCACGCCGCCUCGCCCGCGCUGCCGCCCGCCACCAGCCAGGCCGAGUGGCAAUCUGAUGGAUCGUGGCGACUCUCAGCUAGCGAUGUGAAUGACAUCAUGGACAUGACAAAUUAUAAGGUGGCGGCGCACAUGUCGGCGGCGGUGGCGGCGGCGGCGCGGCAGCAGGCGGCGGCGGCGGCGCUGCGCCGGCCGCUGGUGCAGCCGAUGGUGGGCGUGCUGCCGCAGCUGCCGCAGCUGUCGCAGCUGCCGCCGCUGCAGCAGCUGCAGCAGCCGGUGCGCGUGGGCGUGCCGGUGUCGAUGCCGCCGGUGAUGGGCAUGCUGCCCGUGAUGCCGCAGUUCAACCUGAUGCGGCCGCUGCAGCCCGGUAUGCUGCUGCCGGGCGGCAUGAUGCCGAUGGGCGCGAUGUUCCCGGGCGGCGUGCCGGGGCUGCCCAUGAUGCAGCCGCGCUUCCGGUAGCCGCCGCACCGCCUGCACCCGCCCACACUCGCCUCCACCCGCCCCGAUACUUACGGCCCCGAGCGAAGGUAGGCGCUCGCUCUAGCGAUCUAUAUACGUCCGCUUGAACGGUUGUGUCCGAUGCUCUAUGCUAAAAUUUGCGGUGACGGGAUACUAACGCGACGCAAGGUAAGGCCCCGGCGUACCGAUCGACGCGAUACGUACAGACUCAAAGUUAUGAAGUGUUAAUAAGAAUGGACUA